ACAACGACACAUGGAGGAUUCGGACAUGAGCUCUUCCGCGAACCUCGAUGCCGGAAACUCCGCCGUGACUCCGGGAAUCACCGUGACGUCACCAGAAGAUGGAACCGUCCAGAGCCGGGAGCUGAAAUCCGCCCGGAUGGUGUUCAGACGAAUGGACCGCAAGAGUAUCUUCACAAUCGUACAGAUGUCGAAGGAUCCCAGAAUCAAAAGUGCUAUAGUACAACGGGGCGAAGUUGUCGCCAAUAGAUGGCGUAAAGCGGCCCUACGCGCCAAAAUUCAAAGUUCCACUGUACCCUCAUCCGGAUCCGCACAAGACAGACCAAAGAGCAAGGUCACGGUCAAUGACAUCGCGCGCCUUGCAGUCGCCGAGAGGGACAGUAAUAUUCCGUCAGAUACUGAGUCCGACAACGAUGUUCCUGUGGAGAAAUUUGCGUUUUAGACUGUUUUAGACCAGACGGCAAUUACGACGAUAUUCACGCAAAGACGCCAUUGCUUAGUGCGUGCAGUUAGCUUUAAGCUUACAUUAAUAAAUGCGCACAGAGAUUAAAGCAUUUUUGAGCAGAUAAAUGAAAAGUUUACACAAACUUUAAAGCAAAACCCUUUAUGAUCGCAAUCAGGUUUGGAAUUCUUUAAGCAUGUCGGUUACAAAAAUCCUAAGAAAAAAUGAAAGAUACCGGACAUAUAUAAAAUUAAGGAUCAGUUAUUACAAGUUUGUUAAUAACAGCUCUUGACGUGUGUACAUAAAACAUAUGCAGACGUUAGGCCAAUACUAUUAUAGUCGUAAUCAUUAUCCAGACCGUACGUGGACACAUAAUUAAGAUUCCCAAUUUUAUGUAUUUAAAACCUUCUUUAACAUUUAUUUUUUUUGGAGUGUACUCUUCUGAUGCAUGCUUUUACCAGAUUUUCUUAUGUAUCCUUUUCAAAGACGACUGACGUUGUAAUCUUCUUUAAAAAGUUGUUUUACUGUUAUCUAUGCUUAUAUAUGUUAAAAAUACUGC